UGUCCUUGCUGAAUAAAAGUAUUGAUUUCUUAAAUUGUAAAAAAUUUAUUGAACUGUGCAUGAGGGAAUUAGAUAUUAUAAAUAUAUAAAAUAUAUUAAAAUAUACACAUGCAAAACAUCUUUUGAACGGUAUUGUAUAAAAAUCAGUUUGAGACUGUGUAGCAAGACUGCCUUGAUUAAAUCAUUUGCAUUUUUUUUUUUUUGUUGUUGUAAUAUCUGUUUCCACAGUAACAGUGACUUGUCUGAUUGGUGGAUCUCUCUUCAGGAUUAUGGGUAGUGUAGUUUUCACACAGAAUUUAACUGUUGAACAAGAUUGUCAGUCUCACUUGUAAAUUUACACCUCAUUGCAGAUCCAUCUUGAGAAGUUUAUUGCUACAAAUCGAGAGUCUGAGAAAAUGAAUGGGACUUUGGUGGUUUUUGUGAAGCGAACCUCUCGCUGGGAGGAAAAACGAGUUUGUAUUGUAUUGUUGCACUAUAAACCAUUAUAUGGGAAUGUUAAAAAAAACAACAAAGCAGGGUUUUCUCUUUUCAAAAGGCAUCCUGUCCCGGGGCAGAAACGCUCCAGCAGUCACUCAUCACGCUUUUUCCAGCUCCUCUUGUUUACUUUCGCUUUAGCCUCUCGUGCUCGUCUGGUCUGUUCGAGCUCGGCUCAUGUCUGUCUUUGGUCUUGUGCCCAGACCACGUGCGCUCGUGGACCGGAGAGGUGUCUCGCGCGGCGGGAGGCGACGCUAAUGCACGGAAAGCCCGUUGGCAGCUCGCCCCCUUCCGGCGGCGUUUUCACUGCGUUUCUCUCUCCCCCGCCUUUCGAGAGGCAGCUGCGAGGGUUCAGCACAGGGGUCAACGACUCGCUGCUAUUCAACUCGAACGCCGCGGCCCAGAAAGAGAGGGGGGGACGCCUUCAGCCACACAGGAGGCAUGCUAUUCUCUCGUGUUUUUCUCUGCUUCUCUUUCGCUUUCUGUUUUUUCUCUUCCGUCCCCUCAAGCACAAGCUGGGUAGUUGGGGAAUAGUUGAACAGUGAGUAGAGAGGAGCGCGUCCACCUCGACCCCUCCACAGCCAUGCACAGCAAGAACCAGAGGAGACACUGCUCGCCCAGCAGCUCCAGGACCCCUCUGGUUCCUGUCAAGGCCAAGAUGUCGGUGGGCCAAAGCGAGGUGGAUCCCCUUCCCUUCCGGGUUCCUCGCGAUUACCCACACUCACGCUUCAGCAAGGCACCGCUGGCCGUCUAUCCGCCCAAGGGAGCCCGAGCCAAGGCCUGCGUGUCUUUACCCGUGGUGAGUCUGGAGAAGAUGCCGUGUUUCAACAGAUCGGAGGGAGCGCACAUCAAAGUCAACUCCUCGUCUCCCACGGCGGGUUCUUCUCUUUCUUUCUCUUCCACGUCUUCCUCUCCGUCAUCCAGUCCUCUCAAGUCCUCCUUGACGUCACCAGCAUCUCACAAGGGCCAGGAGAAGUUCCUGAACGGUCGCGGUCCUGGGACUCCUCGCUCCACCACGCCUCCGUCGCUGAUUGACAGACGACCCAGCCCGUCACGGUCGCCCUUGGAGAAACGCCCCGCCCCUUCGCCCUCCCCACAGGACAGGAGACCUGCGGCCUCCACGUCUCCAUCCCUAUUGGACCGGAGACCGAUAGUCCCGCCUUCUCCUCCAGACAAGAAGCAUCAGAAUGGAGCCAAAGGCACAAGGCACCGGAGAGUUUCGGGGCGAGUGUUUGAUCCUAAUAAACACUGUGGAGUUUUGGACCCAGAGACGAAGCGGCCCUGCACUCGUUCGUUAACCUGUAAGACUCACUCUCUGACCCACCGGCGAGCCGUCCCAGGACGGAGGAAAGACUUUGACUUCCUUCUGGCGGAACAUAAGGGACGGGCAAAGGAUGUGGGGCAAAAAAAGGAAAUUCAAGCAGGCAGCCAAUCAGUGCAGGUCACACAGUCACAUGACGCAGCACCCAGCCAAUCCGCAAGCUGUACCAAUGGCAAGACCACUCCCUCUCUCAAACUCCGGUUGGCCAAUUCACACUUGCACAGCAGAGUGUCUGGCAGCGUCGGUGCUGUCCUGCUCGGCUCCGCACCCGCUCCUCCUCCUCCUGAACCUGCGCCCGGCUGGCAGAGAUGCAGCGGAGACGUGCGUCUGUCCAGCGAUGAAGGAGAGGCCGACCUCCCUGAAGAGACCGAGAAGCCGCUGUACCAUUAUUCUCCACACCACCCACAACCCAUGAGCUGUUGUGCGUUCAGCAGUCGGCUGAUGGGAAGAGGUCACUACGUGUUCGACAGACGGUGGGACCGGGUGAGGCUGGCGCUGCACUGCAUGGUGGAAAAACACGUCAACUCUCUCAUGUGGAGGAAAGUCCCCCUAGCGGUGGAGAGUGUGACGAGCACUUCCCCCUGCCCGUCUGAAGCCUCUCCUCUCGGCUCAGCGUUCCUGCCCAACCACACGCUCACGGCUCCUCUGGAGGGCGUCUCGAUGCUCUCAUACUCCACCUCUUUCUCUCAGAACGCCGCUGGUGUGUUCUGCAUCAGGGACCCCGAGCCCGGACCCCGACUGCAGCGGAAUAAACCGGCCAGGCCACCAAAAGCCUCAGGGGAAGGACCGGGACCCAGAAAGCGGAAAGCCCCUCAAACUUCUGAAUCGGGGGCUUGCCGGAAAAGCGGGAACAGCUACCAUCUGCCACCGGGCGCGGCGCUCAUCAGUAACGGGACGGCGGCCCUUAGCGUGCGGGCCAAGCCCCGGCCGGGGGGACAGGGGCCGAGGGACCAGGACAGGUACGGCGGCGUGGAGCUGUCCCUCCCGCAGGCGCUCACCGGGGAUCACGGGGGUGUCUCGUCCCACAGCCCGCUGCCCUGCUUGUCCUCCGACGGGAGGAAAAGGAAGAGCUCUGGAUUGAGCGCCGGCGGCGACAAACCCAGUAAAACCUCCAAAUCCACAGCACUGGACGGGAUAUUCAGGAAGAGCAGCACCGGUCUGCUGUCGUCAGUCGCCGAAGCGGCCCACAGCGCCCUCCCCAGACAGCCCAAGGUCCCUCACUGACGCAGUGGGAGUUCGAGAAGAGUUUUGUGGUGACGCUGGAACGGCACUCAGCGCUGGACGUCCUGUGGUUCCUAAAGGGGCUGUAGAGUCCUGCCUUUAUCCCCACCGCUGCCUCUUAUCACGCUACGGUUGAGUCACGGCCUUCCCGUUCUCGUUCCGUUCCGCACCCGUUAGGAAGAAACUCGUCUGUUUGAGAGUUUAUGGAAGAAUGACGUCUCUCGUUUCCUUUGAAAUGACCAUAUUCACAAACUUCAGUUUCACACACAUUCAGAUUCUUUUGAUUUAACCAGUACACAACAAGUUUCAGACUUUCAGCGAUACACGUACGGAGUUUUAUUUUGAUUUUCGUGUGGAUGGAGGAAAACCCUUCAGACUCAACCGUGUCAAUCUAAAGUGCACUUAAUUUCAUGCCUGAACUACACAAAAGGAGGACGUUUCAACCAAGGGAAUAUUUUACAGACGCUUUUUUUGGCAAGUCGUAUUUUUCUAAAUUGGAUGAAUUGAGGUUUUUGAGUAUUUGUUUUUGACACACAAGUGUUUUGUGGAUUCAUAAGGACUCGUACUCUUGUUGUAAAGCAACUUUAACCGGUGAUGAAUUUUGUAUAAUAAUUUAUCGUCUUUAUUAAUUUUCUAACUGACCUGAUUAGUGCUUCACACGUUGAGCAGAAGUAUAUUUGUAUGCCAUUUUAAAAGUUUUAAGUAUUAUAGAGACCCUAUUGUUGGAAAUGUGUACAUAUCUUUUAUUUUAAUUUUGUUUUUUUUGUAUUUAUUGUUAGCAUCUCUCAGAGGUUCAAGGAUUUAGUGGUUUCUAUCUUCCUCAGUUAUAUGUCUCUUCAUAGACCUAACGAUGAAAGGGCCGAACAUCUUCUCUUUUCCCAUUAUUUAGACUCUUGGAUUAUUUUUUUAAAGAAAUACUAACUGAAAUGAUGAUGAUGAUGAUGAUGAUGUACCCACAGGGUCCCAGUUUCCUAGAGGAAAGGUACAUUGCAGUGAGCCAGUAUUGGCAGUCGGCCGAGGUCUGUUGCCAAUUUUAUUUUUUAAAGAUGUCAUGAGGUCAAUAUGUGCACCUUUUAGUGUUUAAGCACCUGAAAUGAAGACCUUCUCAAAGAGCUUUUUACUUCCUGUUUACAUUACUGUUUAAUCUUUAUUUAGCAACGCAUUGAUCAAAAGUGACUUUUAUAUACUUUCUAUUUAUCACAGAAUCCUGGAAAACUGUAAGACCGUUUCCACAAAUAUAGUUUUCAACAUUGAUAAUAAUCAUAAAUGUUU